UUAAUUUUGUGUUAGUAAUGUGUGAAAAUUGAAGCAAUCAUGUUUUCACAAUUGAGAAGAUAUAUUCUUACAACUCUGUUGUUAAUCUUCUGUUUGCCUCGAAGCCAUUGGGCAUGUACACUGAACAGUGGUGCACAGGAGAAACAGAAGGACUGGUGGCAAACCGGACAGUUCUAUCAAAUUUAUCCUCGUUCAUUUAUGGAUUCCGAUGGCGAUGGUAUAGGUGACUUGAAAGGUGUGACCUCAAAGUUGGAAUACUUGAAGGACAUAGGUGUUACGGCAGCUUGGCUUUCACCUAUAUUUACUUCACCAAUGGUAGAUUUUGGUUACGAUAUUUCUGACUUUUACGAUAUACAACCUGAAUACGGUACUAUGGAUGAUUUUCGUGAGCUGAUAGCACGCGCUAAGGAGUUAGACUUAAAAAUAAUUUUGGACUUCGUUCCAAAUCACUCAAGUAAUGAGAGUGAAUGGUUCAAAAAGUCAGUUGCACGUGAACGUGGCUACGAAGAUUAUUAUGUGUGGGUAGACGCAAGGUAUGAUGAGAAUGGUAACCGCAUCCCUCCAAGUAACUGGUUACAAGCUUUUAGGGGCAGUGCUUGGGAAUGGAAUGAGCAGCGCCAGCAAUAUUAUUUACAUCAAUUUACAGUGCAACAGCCAGACCUAAACUAUCGUAAUCCUGCUGUCGUUAACCAAAUGAAAAGAAUUUUGCGUUAUUGGUUGGAGCAAGGAGUUGCUGGUUUUCGUUGUGAUGCCGUACCUGUGCUUUUUGAGGUGCUGCCAGAUGAAAAUGGUAUUUAUCCGGAUGAGGAGAAAAGUGGUUUAACAAACGACCCUGAUGAUCGUUCAUAUCUAAAAUUGGAUUUAAUUGAAAAUCAACCUGAAACAAUUGAUAUGAUAUACCAAUGGCGUCAAGUGAUGGAUGAUCAUCAACGUAUAUACGGCGGUGAUACUCGCGUUUUGCUUAUUGAAACUUAUGCGCCGGCUUGGUAUACUAUGCAAAUGUAUGGAAAUAGUACAACUGAAGGUGCUCACCUACCGUUUAAUUUUAAUUUAAUCACUGAGUUGGAGAAUGGAGUCAGUGCAACUAAAGUACUGAAGGCGGUGGAUGAUUGGCUAUUGAAUAUGCCUGCUGGAAGAACAGCCAACUGGGUGAUGGGAAAUCAUGAUAGAGGACGCGCUGCAACCAGAUUUGGCCCGGAACGGGUUGAUGCGAUGAAUAUGUUGGUUAUGAUUUUACCUGGUGCGAGUGUCACUUACCAGGGUGACGAAAUUGGCAUGACCGAUGGAGAUGUAUCCUGGGAAGAGUCAAAAGAUCCAGCUGCAUGCAAUACUAAUUCCAGUAUUUAUCAAAAAUAUAGCCGUGAUCCAGAACGUACACCUUUCCAAUGGAAUACCGAAAAAAACGCGGGCUUCUCUACAGCAACUCAAACAUGGCUACCAGUAGCCGAUAACUAUGAAACUGUUAAUGUAGAAGUUGAGUUAGCUGCAGAUCGUUCCCAUAUAAAAGUCUACAAAUCUUUGGUGGAACUUCGGGACAGCUCAAAAACUCUACAGUACGGAGACUGGAAAUAUAAAGCACUGAAUGAAAACAUUUUUGUUGUAAAGAGAUAUUUAUCAGGUUCAGAAACAAUUAUAUACAUCUCAAAUUUGGGUGAUAGUGCAGAAACGAUAGACCUAACAACAAAUUUUGAUACAACCUUACCGGAAACCAUGAAUAUAAAAAUUUCCAGCGUUGAUUCGAAGAAAACUGAGGGUUCCACGUUACAAUUGAACAAUAUAUCUCUUGAAGUUGGAGAAGGUUUAGUUCUCAGCACUGCUUAAAAAGGUGGAGUAACUUAUAUUAGGAAUGUUUCGUUUGAGCGGUAUUUUUUAAACCGUUUGUACAGAUCAGCUAAUAAUUUCUCAGCUAACACUAUAAAUAUUUAAAAUCCAACCGAUAUGCUGUAUAUAUCUCUAUAAUCACAACAUACUGAAAAUGUUGAAAGAAUCUUAUUCUUUAUUAUAAGUUCAUAUAGGAAAAAUUACUAAAUAAAUCAAAUAUAAUACUUCUUUGAUUCAGA